AUGGCCUCCACGCCAUCGCGUCAGGCCACGUCGUCGAGACAUGCGACGCAGGCAGGAGCGAUGCCGCCAAGUCACUCGCAACAGCUCCACCAGCAGCAAGCACACUCGUCUCGGCAACCCCCCUCGCAGCAGCACCACCACAGCCAGCCGCAGCAGCACCACAGCCAGCCGCAGCAGCACCACAGCCAGCCGCAGCAGCACCAGCAACCCUUCUCUUCCUCGCCAACAGAUUCAUUUUUUUCGAUGGACGACGGCGCGGCAGAAGGCUCGCGAAAGCGGCGGCAGCCGCUGGUCCACCUCCAUCCUCCCGACCAGGAGCCGUCGUUCUCGUUUGUCUGCCUCGGCACGGGUGGCGGGCCGCUCGAGGGCGACUGCUCGUGCUACCUCAUGAAGCCGGCCGACGCCGCGUGGCAGGACGGCUCCAUCGUCGUCGAGGGCGGCUCCUGGCUCGGCGCGCUCACCACUGUGCUCGAGCAGACGGGUCCGGACUCGGCCUUUUACGACUUUGACUUUCCCUCGACGACGCCGACGUCGUACCUCCGCGCCGGGCUGAUUGCGUCGUUUGCCGAGGCCUUUCUCAUCUCGCACGCACACCUCGACCACAUCCUCGGCCUCGUGCUCGGCUCGGCAUCGCUGCCGGGCAAGCGCGCCGUCUAUGGCCUCAAGCCCACGCUGGAAAACAUCCUCGACAUGUUCAACGGCAAGAUCUGGCCCAAGCUGGCGAGCUGGAACGAGGACGAGCCGUACACGAUGUACCACAUGCGGGCCCUGGAGCCCCAACGACCCUACAGCCUCAACAACUCUCUGGUGGUGCUGCCAUUUGCGCUUUCCCACGGCCUCAAUCCUUCAGUCCCGCCAGCGCCGCCGACGCCAAGCUACACGCCCGCCAAGUUCACCCAGAGCUACUUUAACAAGCGAGCCUCGCUCCCGCUCAGCACCCAGAUGGCGUCGUUCCGGCUGGCCAGGGGCGUCGAUGAGCGCGCGCGGACGCUCGACAAGGCGGCGAGUGGGGCCGCGCCAGGCUCCAACGCUGCGGCGCAUCUCGCGGCGGCCGACGCCCGAAGAGCCUCCAAGGCCAAAUCGGAGAACGACAAGGUCGAGCUACCCUUCAACAGCCCAUUCCGGUCAAGCGGCGCCGACCACUCCCUCGAUCCUCGCGAGAUGGGCCAGCAGGGUCACGCACAAGCCCACGCCCCUCUGCCCGACUCGACGCCGGCCGCACGGCCAGGUGAACCGAUCUCGCCGCGCGCCAACCCCGCCCGCGUUGCCGCGACCAGCGCGACCAUGUCCCCCUCCCUCUCGGCUUCCUCAUCGUCGUCGUCGGUAUCAAACGCGCCCGUGCCGCAUCGCGGGCGAAACCGACCGAGCCGGCCGCGCACGGCGCAGGGAUCCGAGACGCACAACCCACCACCAUCGGCGUGGAACUCAUCGGCGGCAGGACACGCAGCCGAGGGCAACAUCUACAGAGCGGCGACCCAGGCCGACCGCAAUGCGGCCACCGCCCCGCCAUCGCACGCUUCGACGUCAUCCUCGUCCUCGUCGCUGGCGCCGCCGGCGCCGAACCGGCCUCCCCGCCGCGUCUCGAUCGACCGCUCACCGCCGAGCCUCGACUCGACGGCGUUUUUCAUCACGCACAGCGAGCACGACCGCGACGUCCUCUUCUUUGGCGACGUCGAGCCGGACUGCGUGUCGCGGUCGCCGCGCAACCGGCAUGUGUGGAGCCACGCGGCCGAGCGCUUUGCCGAGGGCAAGCUCAACGCCAUCUUUCUCGAGUGCAGCUUCGCCCGCGGCCACCCGACGCAGUUUCUCUACGGCCACCUCUCGGUCGAGCAUCUCUUCGAGGAGCUCAAGGUGCUGGCCAUCAUGGUCAAGCGCCUUCGGCAGCGGCGCCGCAGCUCGGCGGGCGGCAGCCCCACGUCGCGCUACCGGUCCAGCAACGGGUCCGGCUCGGCGGCCGCCGUCAGCACGUCGCCGUCCGACUCGAGGUACCAGCCCAGCCUGCGGCCCUCGCCACUCGGCACGUCGGCCGUCGCAGCGCCGGCGCCAGCAUCGUCGGCAGACCCCAACGCGGGCCUGGGCGACACGUACAUCGGCACCAUCGACGACGAAGAGGUCCGCGGCCAGCUCGAAGGGCUGGCCGUCAUCAUCAUCCACGUCAAGCCCGCCCUCUUCCCGACGUUCAUGCCAGCUGCCGACGACGAUGACGACGACGACGAUGACAACGACAGCGAGCACAUCGACGGUGACGGCGACGGCGGCGAUGCCACCAGGGAGUGCGGCAAGAGGCUCGACCCAAGGUCGAUGCCCGUCAAGAUCCUCGACGAGCUCAACGAAGAGGAGGGCGAGGUCGGCCUCGGCGUCCGCUUUGUGAUGGCCCAGCAGGGCAUGCGGAUAGAGUGCUGA